GCCAGCCAUAAAUACCCUCAGUCCCACGUAACCUUCAGUGCAUUUCGAGAAUUUGCCGCGAAAAGAACAGAGAACCAGAAAAUGCUGACCAAACUGUUGAAGAUUAGCUGCACUUCGAGGCAGUGCACCUUCGCCAAGCCUUAUCAAGCGAUUCCAGGACCACGAGGUCCUUUAGGGAUGGGUAACCUGUACAACUACCUGCCCGGCAUCGGAUCCUAUUCCUGGCUGAAGUUGCACCAGGCCGGACAGGAUAAGUAUGAGAAAUAUGGUGCAAUCGUCAGGGAAACUAUAGUUCCCGGCCAGGAUAUAGUCUGGCUCUAUGAUCCCCGGGAUAUCGCAUCCCUGCUCAACGAGCGCGAUUGUCCGCAGAGAAGGAGUCACCUGGCACUGGCCCAAUAUCGUAAAAAUCGACCGGAUGUCUACAAGACCACCGGCUUACUGCCCACCAAUGGUCCGGAUUGGUGGCGUCUGCGUGCCCAACUGCAAAAGGAACUGAGUGCCCCAAAGAGUGUGAGGAACUUCGUCUGCCAGGUGGAUGGAGUGACCAAGGAGUUUCUCAGAUUUCUACAAGACUCGCGGGAGGGAAAUGCCAUCGAUAUGCUGCCCAAACUCACCAGAUUGAAUUUGGAAUUGACCUGCCUGCUUACUUUUGGGGCCCGUCUGCAGUCCUUUUCUCCCAAGGAGCAGGAUCGUGAAUCCCGAUCCACCCGCUUGAUGGAGGCAGCAGAGACCACCAAUAGCUGCAUCCUGCCCACUGACCAGGGUCUCCAACUUUGGCGCUUCCUGGAGACUCCUAGCUUUCGAAAACUUAGCCAGGCCCAAUCCUACAUGGAGGGAGUGGCUCUGGAGCUGCUGGAGGAGAACAUAAAGAACGGCUCAGUGGGAUCCUCACUGAUCUCCGCUUACCUUAAGAACCCCGAACUUGAUCGCAGUGAUGUGGUGGGCACUGCUGCAGAUUUGCUUUUGGCUGGCAUCGAUACCACCUCAUAUGCCUCGGCAUUCCUGCUCUAUCAUGUGGCCCGGAAUCCGGAUGUUCAGCAAUUACUCUACGAGGAGGCCAAGCGGGUGCUUCCUAAUCCUAAAGAGCAGCUAUCUAUGGAUUCCCUGAGAACGGAUAUCACAUACACGAGGGCUGUCCUCAAGGAAUCUCUGCGCCUGAAUCCCAUUUCGGUGGGAGUGGGCAGAAUACUUAACCAGGAUGCGAUCUUCAGUGGUUAUUUUGUGCCGAAAGGGACCACUGUAGUGACCCAAAACAUGGUAGCCUGUCGCCUGGAACAGCACUUUCAGGACCCACUUCGCUUUCGGCCGGAUCGGUGGCUGCAGCACCGGAGUGCCCUAAAUCCCUACCUAGUUCUGCCUUUUGGCCAUGGAAUGCGGGCCUGCAUCGCCCGUCGUUUGGCCGAGCAGAAUAUGCACAUUUUGCUCCUCAGGCUGCUGCGUGAGUACGAAUUGAUUUGGAGCGGAUCUGAUGCAGAGCUGGAUGUCAAGACCCUGCUAAUAAAUAAACCCGAUGCUCCCGUGCUGAUCGAACUGCGAUCGCGUACUGAAUAA